AUGCCCACUCGAUUAUGCCAGGAAUCAUGGAUCGAAAUCAACAUGGCUUCUUCGGGGUAUUCUGGAAGUGUGCUCGAAUCGGUGAACGGCUCAGCCCGUUUCUAUCUUCUUUGGGGGUUGAAUGCCUCCUCGUUGCCCCUGUUUCUCUUUAAGCAAUUCUUCCACUUUUGUCUUUUCAUGAAUGAAGAUCCUACCAGCAAUCGG